CCAUGUAGUCUAAUGUGAUUGGUGAAGUAGUUUGCUGUCAGAACAAGAAGGAAAUUGCGGGGUGUUGCGACAUAGAGAGACAGAUACCGGUAAGUUGUCUUGUAUUUUUUAUUUUUUUACGGUCACUUGUCAACGGGUUUAAAUAGCACCCCGUAUAUUGGCAUUUGGCAAACUAGCGUGUCAUGUUUUCACCUAUUUAUAAAUAGCGCACGUACUAACUGGCUAGAGUUAGGUGAAUUGGCUAGCUAGCUAACGUUAGGUUAUUUAGUUAGCCAACCCUCUCGAACUCCAUGCCUUGAUUAUCUGUAGGUACUGGUAGCUAGCUACGUUAGUUGUCUUUUUAAAGAAUGGCGCUCUAUUUUUCAUCAAGCUAAUAGCGAUGCUAGCCAUUUAUUAUUAUUUUAUUUUUUACCAUACAUAUACAUUAGCUCAGAUUGCUGGGUGCAUGCAUGUUUAUCCAUGUUUUCACUAACGCGUAUUAUAGAACAGUUGAUAUGUAUUUUUUAAAAAUGUGUAAGUGAUACGUUGUAUCUAGCAUUUUACGUUGUGAGAAGGUUACAUCGCUACAAAGUAGCUACUGUAAUAGACUGUUUACGAGUGUAUGCUUAACGUUGACGUUAUAUCUAGAAACCCCGGUAAAUGGUGGUUAUACCUUGGCGUCAGGACUCAACUUCGUGAGUCUGUUGGGACAUUCAGUGGGCUGAAAGGUUCACCUAUGUAACUACCAUGUAUAAAUGGCUCAAAUCGAAAUCUAAUCUAAUGUUGUUUGUCACAUGUGCCGAAUACAACAGUGCUAACUAAGUUACGAGCCCCUUUUCGACGAUGCAGUUUUAGAGACGGCAAAUUGAAAUUGUAGUUUGACUGUUCUCCAAGUAUUUUAGAUUUUCAGUAACUGGUAGUGACACCAGCAACCCUAUCAGCUUGGCCAGGCAUGAGAGCUGAUAUCUGAGGAUUUAAACCACCAGCGCCACAAUGGAUGUCCCUGCCAUCAGUAACAACCUCAACCUUUCAAAUGGGGACUUGGAUCCCUCGGACACCCCUCCCACCAUGUCCAUUGACAAGCUCUUCCCAGCACUCCUGGAGUGCUUUGGGAUCAUCUUGUGUGGCUAUAUUGCUGGUCGAGCGAACAUCAUCACAUCCACACAGGCCAAAGGAUUGGGGAACUUUGUGUCCAAGUUUGCCCUCCCAGCAUUGCUCUUUAAGAACAUGGUACUCUUGGACUUUGGGAAUGUCAUCUGGCCAUUUUUGUGGAGUAUUCUCAUCGCCAAGGUGUCUGUGUUUUUCAUUGUGUGUGUGAUUACACUACUGGUUGCCAGUCCUGACACUCGCUUCAGCAAAGCUGGCCUAUUCUCCAUCUUUGCUACUCAAAGCAAUGACUUUGCUUUGGGAUACCCGAUUGUUGAGGCCUUGUACAAGAACACACACCCAGAGUAUCUACAGUACAUUUACCUGGUAGCACCAGUGUCCCUCAUGCUUCUCAACCCCAUUGGGUUUGCCUUCUGUGAGAUCCAGAAGUGGAGGGAUCAGAGAGACUGGCAGCAGGGCAAACUCCAGAUAGUGGGUGUGGUCAUCCUGCAGGUUCUGAAGAACCCCAUGGUCUUCAUGGUUGUUAUUGGCAUUAUCUUCCACUUCAUCCUGGAUCAGAAGAUCCCUGCUUUCAUGGAGCAGUUUGUGGACGGCCUGGCCAACUCUUUUGGAGGAGCAGCUCUGUUCUACUUGGGCCUCUCCAUGGUGGGCCAGUUGGGGAAGCUCACCAGGUCCACGGUUGUAGCCCUUAUCCUGCUCAUCACAGCAAAACUGUUGGUGAUGCCGUUGAUCUGUCGAGAGACUGUGGAGCUGCUGGACGCUGACAACACCAGCUCUAGUCUCGAACACUCCAGUCUCUCCAACUAUGCCUUCCUCUAUGGAGUCUUCCCUAGUGCCCCCAGUGUGGCCAUCUAUGCUGCUCACUAUAACAUGGAGCUACAAGUUGUUACCUCAGGGAUGGUAAUAAGCACGUUUCUCUCAGCUCCCAUUAUGUAUGUUUCUGCUUGGUUGCUGACAAUACCAUGGAUGGACCCUAAGCCAUUGAUGGAUUCUCUGCAGAAUGUCAGCUUUAAUGUCAGCAUCAUCAGCUUAGUUGCACUGGCUUGGACAGUUACUGUCAUGUUCCUGAGUAAGAAAUUUAAGAGACUACCUCACAUGUUCACCGUCAACCUGUUCUUGGCACAGAUUCUAGCUUGUGUUAGCAUGAUCAUGUGGAACUUUGUCGUGAGACAAGACCGCUUCAUUGGACACGUGUUGACAUUCACACUGUUGUACGGCUCACUGUACAGUACUUAUGUAUGGCCAGGUCUAAUAGCACUUUCCCUUGUGUUGAUGAAGAGAGGUGGUGAGAUGAAGGUUGCGCCAGGCUUCCUGGUGAUUGCAGGCUGGGGAGUCCCAGCCCUUGUGGCAGCAGUGCUCCUCGUAACUGGGGAGAGGAUGCCCGACACCAUCGAUUCGGCUUUCUUUUAUGGAAGACCGCAGAUCAUCUGCACCUCUGUUGUGCUUGCCUUCAGCAUAGUGCUGGGCGGGUGCUCUUUGGUGGGCCUCCGUCGAGGCACGUGGGACUCAAUGUACCAUGUCCUGGAGAGAGACUCUAUGCUAGGCACUAUUGAGGAUCUGAGGCUCCCGACUGGCCCAGAUACCCAAACUAUCCCAGAUAUCCGUGACAUGUUUGAGCCAGCCGGAACUGGAAGCAUCAACAUAGGUCCGUGUGAGACUGGCUGUGAGUCGCCAGGCUGUCUACUGGCCCAGGAGGAGCAGCAGGUGGCUGACAGACAGGUGGCCCGCCAUGUGCUCUUAUGCCUGCUACUGAUCGUCAGCCUACUAGCUAACCUGUCCAGCUGUCUGUGGUGGCUCUUUAGUCGAGUUCCUGGGAGACUUUACUUAGAGCUGCAGUUCUUCUGUGCUGUGGUCAACUAUGGACAGGGCUUCAUCUCGUUCGGGCUUUUUGGGCUGGACAAACAUUUGAUAAUACUGCCAUUUAAAAAGAAGAUAUCCUGUCUGUGGCACAGAAGGAAGCCAGAAGAGCAGCCUCAACUGGUUGUAUCUGAUGACAUCAUGAUGACCUGCACUCAGUUCAUCAGAUACCACAAAGAGCAGUGUGUCCGGGACAUUGUCCAGCAGAAGAGCUGUGGGGAGUGCCUAACUGGCCCGUUGGUGAAUCCUUCCUCUGACACACAGGUGUGGGGAGAGGACAGUGGCGGACACUUUUCUUGGCAGUGAGCUGGUAGAGUGGCUGUUGCAGGUGGGUCUGUCACAGGACCGAGGAGAGGCGCUGCUCUAUGGGAUCCGGCUGCAGCAGGGUGGGGUGCUCCAGCACAUCACCCAGGAGUAUGGCUUCAAAGAUGACAACCUGCACUACUGC